GACCCAGCAUCAUUUUUUUGGUCUAUUUCGGAUGAUAGCAGGAGGUCCGUGCAAUCCACGAAAAUGACCAAACUGCAGUUCCUCAACGUCUUCCUGACUGAGCGCCUCAUGCUUGCUGCGCAGGAGAUUUACAAGUCUGUGGAGGACACGAUCUUGGAGUACCAGGAGGAGAUCGCUAUCCGGGAGCGGGAGAACGACCAUCUGAGACGCAGGCUGCGGGACGCAGGCAUCGAGAUAUGGCCAGAUCGUCCAUCCAUGGCGCUCCUGGAAGAGGAGGACGGCGAGCAUCCACGGCGCGAGUGGAGUCCCAGCAUGGGCCACGAGGAGCGGAUUCCCAUUCAGAUAAAGGACAAGAGGGACCUGCGGGCCAACCAGGGAGACGGGCAGCUCCGUGGUCAUGGCUCUUGCAGCACACCGGAGAACAUGUUUACGCCUUCUCGCGUUCAGAAUGAAUACCCCCAGGAUGGCCCGCACACGUCCAACAUCCCCCAGAGUCAGGGGGUGGAGAACAGGGACAGAGACCCCGGAACUCGAGUCCCAUCCAGACACGUGAAGGCGGAGAGCGGAGGAGGCCACAGAGGCUCCACGCCGUCCAACAGCGGCGCCCAGCCCCUCGCGCCCGUCAACCCAAACUGCUCCAACGAGAACAACAUUGACAUUAUCGGGGUGGAGAACGGGGGGCAGAUGGUCGGCGCCAAAGGAGCGGGGACCGGGGCGAACAGGGUGCAGGGCUCUCACAUGCGGAACCAAGGCGCCAACGCCGUGGACUGCCCCCAUCAGAAAUCCCCCCUACAAGGCCACAUGUCGUCGUUCUGCUGCAAGGUCUGCGGCGAAGCCUUCAGUCACGUCGGGCACCUGCACGUGCACGUACAGGUGCACACCCGGGAAAAGCCUUACCGCUGCGGCGUGUGCGGGAAGUGCUGCAGCUCCUCCGGCAGACUCCAGGAGCACCAGCGCAGCCACACGGGGGAAAAGCCCUUCCGCUGCCAGAUCUGCGGGAAGGGCUUCACGCAGAUGGCUCACCUGAAGGUGCACAUGAGGAUCCACACGGGGGAGAAGCCCUACAGCUGUCCCGUGUGCGGCAAGUGCUUCAGCCGCUCCGACAAAAUCAAGAGGCACCUUCAGACCCACAGCCGCGAGGGAACGUAUUUCUCAGGGCAAUGAUGCCGGCGCGUCGUCAAAACAGCUCGGAAACUUUUCUAUCGAAAGCUAAAGUUGCUGCCAACGGACGCAAAAGGCUUUUACUCUGACCUUCCAAGAAGUAGAGAUCCUGCAACUCUUAGACACCUUUUUAGGGGGAAAAAAAUUUUACAAAAACAUCCAACUAAUGCUUCUCAGUCCCUCACUAGAAUUUGUAUUAGCCAGUUUAAUAUGUCAUUUUCUUAAUUUUAUACUUGUCACAGAGUAAUAAAUCUUUAAGCGACAAUUUGAGUUAUUAGCUAGCCUAUCUUAGUUAUCUAGCCUUUCCUUAGUAUAACGAGCAUGGUGAAGUCUUCCACUCAUGCCUUGAGACUGAGAUGCGUCGAGAAAUAUGAGACUGUUCGGCACCAUCGUCAUCGGCCUGUAAUUUCAUUUCUGUAAGUCGAGUUUGAAAACUCAACAUUUGGGACAUCUGUGUUGUUUUUUUUUUUUUUGUAUUUAUAUGGUACAAUGAAGGAGUUUGGCACAUAUGAUUUCCAGUACUGAUGCAGCAGCUGGAAAAUAUGCAGAUAAAGGUGGAGCAGUGUGACAGAAGGAAAAAAAAAUCAUGUCGGAUGUUAAUUUGAAAAACCAAAAAACCCAAAAGCCGAAUUUUUGAAUCUGAAGUUUCAACUGAAAUCAGAAUUUAAUCAAGUCAGCUCAGACCGGCCAGGUGUGAAUGGUAUAGAUUAUUUUUGUAUUACCAAACUCCGUUUAUCCGUCUGUCUACAUCUCCACCCUCACUUUUGGAAGAACAGAGCUCAGAGGACUUUGAGGGAGGAAACGGGCUCAUCUGCUCUCCGUACUGCCGCCACGACCUCAAGAGGACGAAGAGGGAAAGAAGAGGAAUAGAUCCAAUCUAUUACCCGUCACUCAAAACGCUGCUGCAGUGUGAACCAUCAUGUUACGCCCCUUGGAUGAAUUAGUGUCUUUCUUUUUUGUUUUUCUUGUUGUAGCACAGGGACAGGUGGCCUUAUCAUUGUCGGAGCCACAGACUUGUCACGAAAUAUGGCUUCCAACUUUGCAAAAAUAUAUAAAUGUCCGGCUCUUAAGUUAGUUACAUGAACUUUUAUGUGUUACACUAUUUGCAGAUUGUUGGCUGUCGGGAUCAGAUGUGGUUACAGUGACAUUUCUGACCUGUGGGUUCAACAUGUCUGAUAAAAUAUAAGUAAAGAUGUUAAAGUUGCAAAAAGAAGCUUAUAAAGUCAACGUUAACAGAUAUGCAAGAGUGGAUCUGCUCCUUCUGUUUGACCUUCUUCCUGUCCCACAUUAGUUUCUCCUCUGUGUGCUGCAUGGUCUGCAGAGCUAAAGCACUGCCGUCUUACACCGUCUGCGCUUCGUGUCGUCCGCUCGGACAGAAAAUGGGCAAAUUGGCCGUGAGACUGCCACAUGAAUUUCUGAAAUAAUGUGAUAUUCUGACAAGUACCACUAGUCCUGACUUUAACCUGGAGGAAUCUUCUGGUGUGACAUGCACUACGGCAUCGUGGAGGACGAUGCAGAAACCGCCCCUGCAGUAUUAUCUUGUAGAGACUCGUCUCACUGCCACACUAAUCCUUUACAUGUGGGGUGUUUUAGCAGCGGCCUCAGUUGAGUUUUAUAAGAGAUGAUCAAUAUUUCCCUUAUAAGAUGAAGUCCUUACUCUUCCUCUCAGGAUUAAUGCUGCAUUCAUCACACGAGGGGUGGGCCAGAACGACGACUGAUAGCAACUCAGGGUUUGGAGGCCUUCCAUAUUAUCUGUCCAUUUUAAUGAAAAAAAAUGAUCAAUUGUGAUGGAAUCCCUGCACAGCAGUGAAGGAAACUGCGUUCCUGACAGUUUGUUGUACCUUCAGAGCUUCGGCUGUCUGAAGCCGAGUCCCGCCUCCCUCCUGUUCCUGUUCCUGCUCCUCCUGCGUGUGGUGAAUGCAGCAUGAGACCGAGCGUCGCUCACAGCCGACCAGCAGCCCCUCACUCACUCUUCUCUGGGACGCCUCAGCUCCCCCGCACACACUCCACUGUACAGUGUUGUAUCAUCGUAUUAAAUGUUAUUUUUUAAUAAAGUAGUAAAUUGA